AGACACACUCUUGACGUGUUUACUUUUUAGCGUAAAUCGUAAUUAUAAAUUUAAAAUUAUUAAUACUUUGCUGUGAAUUGACAUCUGUUGUUUUAUGUUUGUUAUUUAUUAUUAUCAAUCAUCAUAGUAAAACUUUAAAUAUCUCCUUGAUAUGUAUUAAAAGAUCUUUAAUUACGUUAUACUUCUGAAUUUAAUUUUUUUGUCUUAAAUUUAUGUAGUAUAUUGGUUUUUAAUGAUAUUGCAUAUUGCGAAAUAGAAAAAUGUUAAAUACAAUGUUGUAACCGUAGUAACUGUAUUGUUAAUCGAAAAUAAUUAUAUAACAUAUUUCAAUUAAAAAUGCUAGCAGCAAAAGUUAACACGGAGACAGAAGAGCAAAAUAGAAUAAGAUUUCAGGUGGAACUAGAAUUUGUGCAAUGUCUUGCCAACCCUAACUAUAUCCAUUUUUUAGCUCAAAGAGGGUAUCUUAAGGAGCAGACCUUUGUAAAUUACAUAAAAUAUUUACAAUACUGGCGAGAACCAGAUUAUGCUAGAUAUCUUAAAUAUCCUAUGUGCUUGCACUUUUUAGAACUUUUACAACAUGAAGCAUUCAGGAGAGAAUGUGUUUCGGCUCAGGUGUGUAAAUUUAUGGAUGAUCAAGCUAUACUACUAUGGCAACACUACACAAGAAGAAGAACACGUACAUUGCAACCUCCAGAUGUGCCAGCACCACCAACUGCUCCCAAUUCAAACCAACAUGGCCCUCCAAGACAGCCAUAGUAAUAGUGUGUACAUUUAAAGCUUAUAAAGGAUGUUCGACAGCUUAAUUAAGGGUUAAAAAGGGGAGAAGAAAAUCAAACAUUUUAUAUUAUAUUUCUUCCAUUAUAAAAUUAAUAAAUAAAUACAGUGUAAACUCUUUAUAACAUUAUUCGUUAUAAUGAAAAUCUCUCCAUAAUGUAAAAAAAGAUAUAAUUUGGUUGGCUUCUUCUUAGAUUACAUUGGCCUGUACAUACGCCUGUAGGAAAUUUUAGUGGUUACUAAACGAACCACCGUCACCUAUCUAUUAUAUAUAUAUAUAUAAAUUAUUGUAAUUGGUUAAAUUUGGUGCUUUUUCUCUUCACUCCCUAUAUCUAAAACUCUCUAUAACGAAGAAAAAUGCUCAGUCCCUUGAAAUUCGUUAUAAAGAGUUUACAGUGUAUGUAAAUUUAGUAGUAAGUUACUUUGGCACAUUUGUGGCACUGCUAAGUGUUUUUUUAAGGGUACCAUAAUCUUUAAUCACUAAUUACAACACAAUGAACAGAAAUUUGUAUUUGACUUAGUAUGGUGAUCUGUAAAUUAUGGUACAAUAGCAUGUUUCAUAAUGGUCACAUCAUUAAAAUAAUUUUUAACAAUUUAUUUCAUAAAGAAAGAUAAUUGAUUAUGUCUUACAAUACUGCUUUUGUAGAACAUUCAACGAUUUUAUUCGUAGAAACUUCAUUUUCACAUUACAUUAAUGAGACUGAACUAUUCAAAGCAAUUCAAUAAAACUCUUUAUUUUUA